AACUGGAUGGGCUUCAUGCUGUGACUAGGGUGAGCACCCGUCCUGCUUUGCGUUGUAUCGCAGCUUCCUCCAGCAGCUGAGCCCCAUGUAUACCAUCCUCAACGUGAUGGUUCUGCCCAGCAACGUGCCUCUCUCUGAGGUGAAGGAGAAACAGGAGGGAACCACCUACCUGCGUGUCAGUUCUGACUGCCGGCUAUCUAAGGGGGAAAGGUACAGUCUCACCUGUCAUCUGGAAGAGACACCCCGGAUACAACCAAAGUUUGUUCUGUUGGACUGGAACUACGGACCCAACUACCACCCCACCUUCCAGGUGUUCCUGCGCCCCGUCACACAGGAGGCAGAGCUCAGCCUGUUGGAGAGGAAGCUGGAGGGGGUGGAGGUGUGGUCGGGCCUGGUCCCACUGACAGGUGCUGCUGUCACCGGAGCGACGACGUCAGAGGGACCGUCUGAGCGCGCUCAGGGUGAACGUGCGGAGCAGCAGCUAAAGGCUGUGAGAUCAGAGUUUGUGAAGAGUGUGUCAGUCCCCGUGCUGAAUAGCCUAUUGGACGAGCUCCGUCAGCAUGGAGUCAUCACGCAGGAAGAGGAGGAGUCUGUCAAGGCCAUCGCUGAGAGGGCGGAGAGAGCGCGCCACGUCAUCGACGCCGUGCUGAACAAAGGAGCUGAAGCCUGCCGCAUGAUGACAGUGUUCUUACUUGAGCAGGACUCCUACAUGAGCAAGAAGCUUGGUCUAAGAUAGUGUGGCUGUGGGGGGGGGGGAUGUCUGGACACCAUUUGUGCAUGAAAACAGGGAUGUAUGAUGUUAAUCACACUCAGGAGAUCAGCCAUGGCCUUAUCUGUUCAUAUGUUUAGUCUUAUUUUCCACUCAGGUCAGUCCUACUGUAACUCUGUAAAGUCUGCAAUGAUCUGAGCAAACAUACUCAAGCCUAUCUUCAGCAAUCCAGUUAGCUGUCCUACUCUGUAUUCAAUGUUUUUUUCAAUGCAAGAAAUGUGUAAAUAAGAAAAUUGAUCCACAUCAAUGGCAUUCUAAACUAUUUUCUUUGAAUCUGACCUCAAUCAGGUUCUUCAGAGUGCAUCAUGUUAGUGUGCCCAGGCAGACUACACCAGAAAGCUUGCAGACAAAUUGAAUAGGUGAAACUGUUUAUGAUUAAUGAAAAUGUUUACACGGGACCCCUGCAAAGUAUGGUCUAGCCCUCUCACACAGUGCCAUACACAACAUCUAACAGUGAAUGAAACCUGUGUUUAUAGUUAGCUUGACGCUGGUACUAGAUUGGAGAUCUAUGUGCCUCAUCAAGUGAUCCUCCAUCAGUACUUCUGCUGAGACAUUUGGUCCGCCUAUUAAAGAAUGUAUUGUGCUUAUUAACGUUAUGUCUUAGAAGUGUGCUCAGGCUUAAACAUUGUGUCUCACACAGGGCGGGGGGAGUCAUGGGUGCGGGCGGAGAAAGAGGAACAAUCCAGAUGAUUCUCGACCACAGUAUGGGAAAAAGGCUGUAUUUUGUGUCUCUAUCUCUUCAUUUUCAGAAACAACCUUGAAACCGGGCGGAGACGGCACCCGAGCAGGUGGGACGCGUAGGCAAGAACAACUCCCUGAUGCACGAGAGAACAAGCUCAACCCUCUUUUCAUCUUUUUGUUUUACUGCACUGUAUAAUAUAUGCUGGGGAGGGACAGAUAGCCAGUUGGACUUCGUGAACCAGCCCAAACUCUGUUGCGGGUAGGGAAACGUAGACAACCCCAGAGCUCUGUACUUGUUGAUUUCCAACUGCUGCAUUAAAGCUGAUAUUAUCGGA